AUGGUGCAGAAGAAGAGCGCACACUUCACAGACAUCACAGACAUCACAGACAUCACAGACCAGACUCUUUGGACCCGGAUCCGGACCAUACACAGUCAGUCUGGUGCCUGGAGCAGCUUCUCUGCGAUGAAGACUCUCAUGGUGUUUGAUUUCGACCACACAGUUGUGGAUGACAACAGUGACAUUUGGGUGUUAAGAUGUCUACCAGGUAAAGUCCUCCCUGGCCAUGUGAAGAGCACGUAUACAAAAGGACAUUGGACCAAGUACAUGGGGAAUGUGAUGGAGUAUAUCGGAGAGCAGAAGGUGACAUCUGACCAGAUUCGCAUCGUCAUGGAGACCAUUCCUUUCACUGAUGGGAUGACAGAGCUGCUGACCUACAUAUCGAAGCAUAAGGACUCCGUCGACUGCAUCGUGGUCUCCGAUUCUAACACUCUGUUCAUCGAGUGGAUCCUAGAAGCCGCCGGGCUCCGUGCAGCCGUGGACCACGUGUUUUCGAACCCAGCCCACAUCAACAAUCGCGGCUACAUGGAGGUACGCAGUCAUCACUCUCACAGCUGUUCCAAAUGCCCGGUUAAUAUGUGCAAGCAGGAGGUGUUGCAGCUUUAUCUAUCGGAACAAUCGCAGCGUGGGGUGGAGUACAAGAAGGUGUUUUAUGUGGGAGACGGAGGGAACGAUCUCUGCCCGACGGCCUGUUUGAAAGACCAGGAUGUAGUGAUGCCAAGGAGAGGCUUCACUCUGGAGAAACAGCUGAGUCAACUGCAAAAUCAGUCGGCUUGUUCCGUGAGGCCCAGAGUGAGCGCCUGGAGCAGCGCUAAUGAAAUACUAGCCGAGCUGAAGGAAAGUGUCUAG